UCUCUGAGCGUAGCGGCGUAGACGUCUCUGCCCUUCACAUCCGUCCACAUCCUACUAGGCUCGACUCCCAAGCGCAGCACAGCGAUGGCCCUUCUCAAGUCAAACAAGGUGAUCUACUGUCUCGGGAACAUUUCCCCAUCCCUGGGACUUCUGUCCACCCGCCACAGCUCAUGGUGGGGCGGAGUGCAGAUGGGUCCCCCUGAUCCCAUCCUGGGGGUGACCGAGGCCUUCAAGAGGGACACCAACCCCAAGAAGAUGAACCUGGGAGUGGGAGCCUACAGGGAUGACCAGGGCAAGCCCUUUGUGCUCAGCUGUGUCCGCAAGGCAGAGGCUAUGAUUGCAGCCAAACAGCUGGAUAAAGAGUACCUUCCCAUCGGUGGUCUGGGGGAGUUUACCAAGGCCUGUGCCCAGCUGGCCCUUGGUACCGAUAAUGAGGUCUUGAAGAGCGGCAGGAACAUCACUGUCCAAACCAUCUCAGGAACUGGAUCUCUGCGCAUCGGAGCCAACUUUUUGUCUCGUUUCCACGGAGGUCCACGUGAUGUGUACCUGCCCAAACCCUCCUGGGGGAACCACACACCCAUCUUCAGAGAUGCUGGCAUGCAGCUCAAAGCAUACCGGUACUACGACCCCUCCACCUGUGGCUUUGACUUCAAAGGAGCUCUGGAGGACAUCUCGAAAAUCCCAGAGCAGAGUGUGAUCUUGUUGCAUGCCUGUGCCCACAACCCCACCGGUGUGGACCCCAGGCCUGAGCAGUGGAAGGAGAUCGCAGACAUUGUGAAGAAGAGGAAUCUGCUCGUGUUCUUCGACAUGGCCUAUCAGGGCUUUGCCAGUGGAGACAUCGACCGUGAUGCCUGGGCUGUGCGCUACUUCAUUGAACAGGGCCACAACAUCCUGCUGUCCCAGUCCUAUGCCAAGAACAUGGGACUUUAUGGUGAACGUGUGGGAGGCUUCACUGUGGUGUGCAACGACGCAGACGAGGCAAAGAGAGUGGAGUCUCAGCUUAAGAUCCUCAUCAGACCCAUUUAUUCCAACCCACCAAUGAAUGGCGCCAGAAUUGCAACAACCAUUCUCAACACACCAGAUCUGCGCUCACUGUGGCUGGAGGAAGUCCAUGGUAUGGCUAACCGCAUCAUUAAGAUGAGAGAACAGCUGGUGGCAGGACUGAAAAAGGAGGGCUCCUCCCACAACUGGCAGCACGUCAUUGACCAGAUCGGGAUGUUCUGCUUCACAGGCCUCAAACCUGAACAGGUUGAGCGCUUGACAAAGGAGUUUUCCGUGUACAUGACUAAGGAUGGCAGAAUUUCCAUGGCAGGCGUGUCCUCUGGAAACGUGGGCUACCUGGCACAGGCGAUCCACGCCGUUACCAAGUAGAGUGGACCCUGCUGGGAGAGCUACAAAAUCAAAGCAGGAGUGUUAACGAGGAGCUUUAUGUGUCACUUAUUCUCUGUCUGCUCCAUUCCACCUUUAGAAAAGAGCUCAAUACUUAGACAUGUUCUUAAUUGGAUUUCAUUGGAGUUCAACUUUGUCCCAGUUCGAGCGGUUGCUGCAGUUUUUUCUUUUUUUAAACAUUUCACUGAACAGGCUCCCCAGCCAAAUUGUAAAAGGCAAGAUUUCUCCCUUUACUGACUGAGCUAAUGUCUUAUCUUUGCUUAUUCAUUAUGUGGAAUCAACUGCUGGCUGUGCAUCAGUGUCCUAAAUGUGCACUGUUUAUAUGCUGUGGACCCACUCACUAUAAAACAUAAAGGAACUAACACCAGGGGGAUGGUUAGGCUGUGCAUUUGGUUUACGUGCAAGGUGAGAUCUCUGUAGAAAAUGUGAUUUCUUUUCUUUCUUAAUCUUGACGGUUAAGUUGUAGCACUUUAUAAGCUGUAAGGCACUGUUUGAGUUUCAAGAUUAGGCUGUCACUCUCUUUCCAGCAUUAACAGUCAAUCAGGUAAUCAAUUCACUCUCAGGCUAAUCUGUGGUUGUUCAUCUGAACUAAUUAAUCAUCUGAUAAUUUAGUGUCCUUAUUAUCUCUGUUUGGAAUUUGCCCACCCAUCUCCCUUGCUUUCAGUACUUUUCCAGUAGGAUUUGCCCCCCCCCCCCCCCCAACAAACAAGCACACAAGCCAAAAGAGUUAAACUCAGCACAGAGAAGCAAUCAAUACAAGUUGAAUAAAUUCUACAAUGAAGAGGUUUUUUUUUCAUAUUCCACCAUAUCCCAAAACCAAAUGCCCCAUUUUUUUUCUUUUCAUAAUGCUUUGUAUUUGAUCUCAGUACAAAUGUCUCUCCGUGUGUUCAAUAAAGAGAAAUGGGGGACCUGAUUGGGGUGAACACUGGACAGUUAAUGAAAAAAAAUAUGCGCUCGUUGCUCAUUCACUCAGACAUCAUGUUUCAGUGUAUGACUCUGUUCAUCAUUAAGACUGAUGGCAUAGAUGGCAUUUAGGAAUGUGGGGUUUCACCCUCGUCUGCUCAUACUUCGGAAACUUCUGGCACAUUGCCUCCAUGUUUUGCAUUCUGUCAUGAAAUAAUGGAUCAUUGGUCAUGUACCUUAUUGAACAAACAAUAAAUUAUUAUAGAGUAAUCUA